GAGCUGCCCUGCUCAGGGCAGCGCUGCCUGGGCUCGCUGGUGCUGCCACGGCCACUGCUGGCCCCGGUCCCUGAGGGUGCCCGUCCCGCCGAGGAGCUGCUGGGCCUGGCCCGGGACUUCAUCACCCAGUACUACCUGUCCCUGCGGAGGGAGAACUCCCCGGCGCACACCCAGCGGCUGCGGGAGGUGGAAGCCGCCAUCAGGGCCACUGGCACCUACCAGCUGCUGGAGCCCGAGCUCGUCUUCGGGGCCAAGCAGGCUUGGCGCAACGCCGCGCGCUGCGUGGGACGCAUCCAGUGGAACAAGCUGCAGGUGUUUGAUGCCCGGGACUGUGCCAACGUUGGGGAGAUGUUCAGCUUCCUCUGCACCCACAUCCAAUAUGCCACCAACCGCGGCAAUAUUCGGUCGGCCAUCACCAUCUUCCCCCAGCGGACGCCGGGCCGUGGCGAUUUCCGCAUCUGGAACACACAGCUGAUCCGCUACGCUGGGUACCGGCAGCCUGAUGGCUCCGUACUGGGGGACCCA